UUGUCGAAACAGUUCUCUGUCAUGACUUGCUAAUUUGCCGUUUGAGUGUUACGAUCAACAAUAGUAAUAAAAAUCAAACCUAACAUAACGAUGGCUUUCGAACCUAAAAUAACGUCCGAUUUUUCGGCCAUUCCAUAUGGCAAAACUCAUCUUGAAGAUAUGGUCAUUCAUGAUUCGUUCGAUGGACCCCAUUCUACUGGCACGACAAUUAUGGCCUUAGAAUUCGAUGGCGGAGUUGUCAUCGGAGCCGAUUCACGUACAACCUCUGGUGCUUAUAUCGCCAAUCGUGUAACAGAUAAAUUGACGCCAAUUACCGAUCAUAUUUAUGUGUGUCGUUCUGGAAGUGCAGCCGAUACACAAGCAAUUGCUGAUGUUGUUGCCUAUCAUUUGGAUUUCUAUCAGAUGGAAACAGGUGAACCGGCUUUAGUUCCUAUCGCCGCCAAUUUAUUUCGAGAUAUGUGCUACAAUUAUCGCGAUUCAAUGACGGCUGGAAUAAUUUGUGCCGGAUGGGAUCGUCGAUAUGGUGGACAAGUUUAUACGAUACCACUUGGUGGUAUGGUCGUACGACAACCUAUAUCGAUUGGUGGAUCUGGUUCUACCUAUAUCUAUGGUUAUGUUGAUUCACAAUUUCGACAAGGAAUGAAUAAAGAAGAUUGUUGUCAACUCGUAUUCAAUGCUUUAUCGUUGGCAAUGUCACGUGAUGGAUCUAGUGGUGGUGUAGCACGAUUGGCCAUCAUUAAUGAAAAAGGUGUCGAACGUCGUAUUAAAUUAGCUGGUGAUUUACCCAAAUUUUAUGAAGGAUAAAUAUAAAAUGAACACUUUCAAAAUAUUUCUAUUUCCAAAUAAACAUUUUUAAAAUUCAUUUAUUCAAA